GUAGUUAUUGUAGGCUGUUGAAUAAGAUCACAUUGGGAGUGGAAUGAAUUCCGAUACAUAGGCUACCCACCGCUCUAUGAAAGGGUGGCGUAACUCCGUAAUGUGUAUUUUUCCUUGCUAGUCUAAGACGUGACGUGCUUAAUUUACAUCCGCGUUAACUUUGCGCCUCCUUGGUGUGCCUCUACCCGCUGUUGCAUUCUUCCUGUCGUAUACGCGCCUUGUGCCCGGCGGAUGACUGAAUGCAGAGCCGUGAGUGCGAGUAUUUCUGACAGCCAGGUCCUUAACAGCCUGCUGUCUUCCCAGCCGAACAUAUAAGGGACGGGAGAGGCGACAGCGCGAUAUAAGAAGAUAUGACAGCGUAACUAUUCUACUCCGUGAAUCCUCGCUAUCCAGUGUUGUGGACGUUGGGGCGAUUUUCUGCGAACGAAGCAAACCAGCGUACCGAGACGUAAAGACCUUAUGCAGCCAGCCGGCAGAAUUUAUACCGAGAGUCUACUCAGUGCGUUUCCAUUCAACAGUACACGGGGACGCUGAUCGGAAAGGGUUUGAUGGAGAGCUGGUCGGAUGACAGCUGGAACUGUAGUGAUAACCGGAGGAAUUCUGGCUGCAGUGAUACUCCUGUUUAUCAUAGCAGUCCUCUGUUACUGUCGACUCCAGUAUUACUGCUGUAAGCACCAUGGCUCAGAACAGGACAGCUGCUCUUUUGGGGACCCCCAGGCCCACUUUGCCUGUAACGCCUGCAGCGCCGCGGGGGUGGAUGGGGCCGCGGUCACCCCGCUGUGCCUGCCCCCCAACCUGGCCCCCCCCCACAGCUACUGCCCCACCUGCUCGCCCUACGGAGACCCCUUCUACAUCCUGCGCAACGGCCCCGCCCCCUGUGAGCCCCGCAGCCUGGCCCUGUGCUCCAUGAGCCCCCGGGGACCCCCGCACUUCUACGCCAACACGCCCGCGUUCAGCACCGACGUCUGA